GGAGCUCCCAGAAUUGCUCUCCUCGUUCACUUUCCCACCAUUUUUUGUUUUUCCGGCAAGAGAAAAUUUUCAAGGUUGUCACUUGUCAGAAAGUUUUGGCCAACCAAACACAUAACCUAGUUUCUUGUAUCUUUUCGAUUAAUAGAAUUCCUGCAGCUACAGAAAAGCUGAAAGCUGUUGAACAGAGAGAGAUUGAGAGGGAGAGAAUGCGCGCGCGCGUGAAUGAAGUGAUCACGAUCAAACAGACCCACCAGAUGCCAUAAACAGAAAUGAAAUACAGAUACUAUUGCCAUUAUUGUUAUUGACAUGUAUAAUAUUGCAGCGCAGAGGAAGUUGUGAUACAGCAAAAAAGGAAAUUUCAGAUGGUGGGUGGUAACAAUCCGGGGCAGUACAAUGACACAACUUUUACCAAAAUCUUCGUGGGAGGCUUGGCUUGGGAAACUCAACGGGAUGCCAUGAGGAGAUAUUUUGAGCAAUUCGGAGAGAUCCUGGAGGCUGUUGUUAUCACAGAUAAGCACAGUGGGAGAUCCAAGGGUUACGGUUUUGUUACAUUCAAAGAUCCAGAGGCAGCCGUGAGAGCAUGUCAAAACCCAUCUCCUGUGAUUGAUGGAAGGAGAGCAAAUUGCAAUCUCGCAUCUCUUGGUGCACAGAAGAUUCGUCGACCAACUCCUCUAGAUGGUUCAGGAAGAUUUAGACCAGUCAGUGGCUUGCUUACUCCUCCUGCUCAUUAUGGCACAUAUUACCAUCAACCUAGGGGUCAAUACACAUUUCUUUAUUCAGCUUAUGGAUACACUAGAUAUUCCAACAAUGCAAUGUAUCCUGUGAACUAUUAUAGUGUUUAUGGGGAUCAACAAUCUUCUCCUUUCUAUGCCAACACUGGGACAGCAGGGCCACCCGGGAUGCUCCACAAUUUGUACCCGUUCUAUGCACAAAGUGCCCACCCUCAUGGUUUUGGAGUUCAAUAUCCCCAAAUGGUACAGUACCCGUAUUUGCCUCAGCACUAUGGCUCUACUGGGAUACUUUCUAUUCCUUCUUCAAUGGCAAUGCAAACUACAACAACAGCUGCAGCCGCAACAACAGAGGUGACUACAGGUGCAGGUGCUUCUCAGGCCACCGGAGUAGCAUCUGAACAAAAUUCAUCAACUUAGUCUUUACUGGGGAAAAACAAUGCUUUCUUGAAAGACUAGAAACAUGGCCAGAAGGGUGAAAAGCAUCACAAGCAAAAAACAAAGAAAGUGAAUAAGAAAAUAACACUUUAUAUUACUGAUUCAAGAGGAUGCCUGAUCAGCUGGCAUAACAAGGGAAGGAAUGCAACGAUACAGAUUGGAAUCAUCCAUUUAUGGAGCAAUCAUGCAUAGACAUAUGUUCAAGCUUGUUCCAAUACCCGUCAACUUUGCUUUGUUAUUAGUUCACACGCAAGAUCAUCAUCUCCGUCAUCCUAUUUUUUGAGAGGUUAGCAUUAGGUGAAGAACCAUAUUCAUUGAUGUAUUGGCAUAAGGUUAGAAACUAAAUAUUGUCUUUGGAUUCUACCUUGUAGACUAAUUACUAGAUGGAAACGUCUUGGAUGUAAAGAGCAUCCAAUGACAAACUUGCUCAUAUUGGCAGUGAUCAAGGGCUCCAAAUUAUAUUGCUUUUAUAUCUUUGAACCCCCUAUUGGUUGGUCAAGUUGAAAAGGAGAGCUUGGAUAGCUGAGGCAUUUGACUUGUAAAUAUCGUGUCUGUUCAUUGUUCUAUGAAUCGUUCGUUUUAAGAA